CGUGGCUCUAUCAUGUCGCAGCCGGAGCCUAACCCGGACCUUCGCAGCGCCAAUCGGGCACGCUUCGAGCUCGAGCUCGAGUUCGUGCAGUCGCUGGCCAAUCCUUUCUAUCUCCAUUCUCUGGCCCAGCAAGGGAUCCUGAAUCAGCCGGCGUUCGUGAACUUCCUCAAGUACCUCAUGUACUGGAAGGAAAAAGACUACGCACGCUUCAUACUCUAUCCACACGCACUGCAUCACCUAGAGCUCCUGCAGCAUGCGCAGUUCAGGACAGAAAUAGGCAAGGACGAGUGGAGAGAGUAUCUGAACCAGAAACAGUUCGAUCACUGGCGAACAUGGCGCGACCCCAGUCGGAUCCAGGCGGCGACGACGGCAGCGACGGACUCACAGCCGCAAUCUGCUGUUUCAGAGACGCAUAACGUACCAAUGACGAACGGGGCAUGAACCCUGAGUCUUCGAGGCACUGUAAUCCCACGUUGGCGCUCCAACUUGAACGCGCUCCCGACAUGCCAGCGCUUGUGGCUAGAUCGAGGCUCAGAGUUGUUGCGCCCAGAGAACACCUCUUUCUCUACAGGCUGCUGAAGACAUGCUGUCUUUUACGUGUGGUACAUUUCUAGAAGUUUCUCAGCAUCGCGCGCGCGUUGUUUUGAAGACGCUUCAUAUAGAUUGUGGUUGGUGGUGGCCGGGACAGG